UCUUUUAGGGAAUUAGCUACAUUUACAUUAGCUGAGGUAGAGACUGAGGAAACGCAGCGUGGAGAGCGGAGAGUGGAUUCGGCCGGGCGCUGAGGUGUGCGUGUCCCCCUGCCAUUCUGUUAUUCUCCACCUCUCCAGUUUGUGGAGAUGCAUCGCCUGACUCCCUUUGAGCCAAAAGACUGACUGGCACCCCGCACAUCUACCAAAGAUGGAGAGGAAACGCAGAAAGAAAUGAGGACCCUGGCCCUUUCUGAUUCAGGCACCAUGUGUCUCAAAACCGAACUUUAUUUUCCAGUCUUGAUUUCAGUUUUUUGGCUUUUUUGAUGUGGUGAGUGGUGGCCCCCAUCCGGGGAGGGACUGAACCAGGACGCUGUUGAAUUUGUAGGAGUGGGUGGCUGUGGUUAUGGCUGCUGCCAGGACACUAUGGUUCUCCAUGUUGGUGGGCCUCCUGUGUUGGAACUGUCCCCUGGCUGGAACACAGCAAGAGGGUGGCCCCUCCGCCACUCCAGAGACACUGUUUUGCCAGAACUGCUCUCAACUUACCCUUAAAGUGGAGUUUUCUACCAAGGUGGUGGAACAUGAGUACAUUGUGGUGUUUAACGGCUACUUCACGGCCCAAGCACGAAGCCGCUUCAUCAGCAGUGCCCUGCAGGGCUCGCAUGCGCUAGCUUGGCGCAUCCUUCCCCGGGACAAUCCAGCCAGUGACUACCCCAGCGACUUUGAAGUGGUUCAGAUCCGGCAGGCCCCCCUUAAGGACCUGCUCACCCUCCAAGAGCACCCCUACAUUAAGAGGGUCACGCCUCAACGCAAAGUCUUCCGUAGCCUCAAGUUCACUCAAUCGACAGACGUUCUAGCAACACCUUGCAAUGACACCAGGUGGACUCAGAAGUGGCAGUCGUCUCGGCCGCUGCGGCGCACCAGUCUGUCCCUGGGUUCCGGAUUCUGGCAUGCCACUGGUCGCCAUAGCAGCCGGCGCCUACUCCGUGCCAUCCCCCGUCACGUGGCCCAGAUCCUGCAGGCAGAUGUGCUGUGGCAGAUGGGCCACACAGGCUUGGGUGUGAAAGUGGCAGUAUUUGACACUGGGCUCAGCGAGAAACACCCUCACUUCAAAAAUGUCAAAGAGAGAACCAACUGGACCAACGAGAAGACACUGGAUGAUGGGCUUGGUCAUGGCACGUUUGUAGCAGGGGUCAUCGCUAGCAUGAGGGAGUGCCAGGGUUUUGCCCCUGACUCAGAGCUUCACAUCUUCAGAGUGUUCACCAACAACCAGGUGUCAUACACAUCCUGGUUCCUGGAUGCCUUUAACUAUGCCAUUUUGAAGAAGAUUGAUGUCUUAAACCUCAGCAUUGGUGGGCCAGACUUCAUGGAUCAUCCUUUUGUUGACAAGGUCUGGGAGCUGACUGCUAACAGAGUGAUAAUGGUUUCUGCCAUUGGGAAUGAUGGCCCACUGUAUGGCACCCUUAAUAACCCUGCAGACCAGAUGGAUGUGAUUGGUGUCGGGGGUAUUGACUUUGAGGACAACAUCGCUAGGUUCUCUUCCCGUGGGAUGACCACAUGGGAGCUUCCAGGGGGUUAUGGCAGAGUGAAACCUGACAUUGUGACUUAUGGCUCUGGGGUGCGUGGCUCUGGUAUGAAAGAAGGCUGCCGAUCUCUUUCUGGGACCAGCGUGGCCUCACCUGUGGUGGCUGGGGCAGUUACCCUGCUGGCCAGCACAGUGCAGAACCGGGAGCUAGUGAACCCAGCGAGUAUGAAGCAGGCCCUCAUUGCCUCGGCCCGUCGGCUGCCUGGAGUUAAUAUGUUUGAGCAGGGACAUGGCAAACUGGACCUGCUUCGGGCAUACCAGGUCCUCAACAGCUACCAGCCUCAAGCAAGUCUGAGCCCCAGCUACAUUGACUUGACUGAGUGUCCAUACAUGUGGCCCUACUGCUCGCAGCCCAUCUACUAUGGGGGCAUGCCUACCAUUAUCAAUGUCACAAUUCUCAACGGGAUGGGCGUCACUGGACGGAUCGUCGACAAGCCUAUCUGGCAGCCAUACCUGCCUCAGAAUGGGGACCACAUUGAUGUGGCUGUCUCCUACUCCCCUGUCCUUUGGCCCUGGGCAGGAUACCUUGCUGUUUCUAUCUCUGUUGCAAAGAAAGCGGCAUCAUGGGAAGGCAUUGCUCAAGGCCACGUGAUGGUCACUGUGGCCUCACCGGCCCAGAACGAUUCGAAAAGUGGUGGGGAACUUACAUCUACCGUGAAGCUGCCAGUCAAGGUGAAGGUAGUGCCUACUCCUCCACGGAGCAAGCGGGUGCUGUGGGACCAAUACCACAAUUUACGCUACCCACCAGGCUACUUCCCACGUGACAACUUGCGGAUGAAGAAUGACCCCCUUGACUGGAACGGAGAUCACAUCCACACAAAUUUCAGGGACAUGUACCAACACCUAAGAAGCAAUGGGUAUUUUGUGGAGGUGUUGGGGGCCCCCAUCACCUGCUUUGAUGCUAGUCAGUAUGGGACUCUGCUGAUGGUGGACAGUGAGGAAGAAUACUUUCCUGAGGAGAUUGCCAAGCUGAGGCGUGACAUUGACAACGGGCUAUCACUCAUCAUCUUCGGUGAUUGGUACAACACCUCUGUUAUGAGGAAGGUCAAGUUCUACGAUGAGAAUACCAGGCAGUGGUGGAUGCCGGACACUGGUGGCGCUAAUGUGCCAGCCCUGAAUGACCUCAUUUCUGUGUGGGGGAUGGCCUUCAGUGAUGGCCUCUACGAGGGUGACUUCACUCUGGCUGACCAUGACAUGUACUAUGCCUCUGGCUGCAGCAUUGCCCGCUUCCCAGAAGAUGGGACUAUCAUUGCCAAGACCUUGAAGGAUCAAGGGCUGGAAGUGUUAAAGCAGGAGACAGCAGUGGUGGACAAUAUUCCCAUAUUAGGGCUUUACCAAACGCCAUCAGAGGGUGGAGGCCGGAUUGCCCUGUAUGGAGAUUCUAACUGCAUUGAUGACAGUCACAGACAGAAAGACUGUUUUUGGCUGCUGGAUGCCCUUCUGCAGUUCACUGCUUACAGUAUGACCCCUGCCAGUCUCAGUCACUCUCAGAGUAGGGCAUUGCCCCCCUCAGUGUCUGAACGCCCUCUGCCGGAGAGGCUGGAGGGUAAUCACCUUUACCGGUAUUCAAAAGUCCUGGAGGCUCACCUGGGGGACCCUAAACCACGUCCCCUGCCUGCCUGUCCUCACCUAUCCUGGGCCAAACCACAGCCAGUCAAUGAGACUGCACCCAGUAAUCUCUGGAAACACCAGAAGCUGCUGUCAGUGGAUAUGGACAAAGUGGCGCUACCCAACAUUCGAGUGUACCGACCCCAAGUGCGGCCCCUCUCCCCCGGGGAGAGUGGAGCCUGGGACAUCCCUGGAGGUAUAAUGCCUGGGCGGUAUAACCAGGAUGUGGGGCAGACCAUCCCUGUCUUUGCUUUUCUGGGUGCCAUGGUGGUUCUGGCUUUCUUCGUGGUCCAACUCACCAAAGCCAAGAGCAAGCCUAAGAGGCGGAAGCCACGUGUGAAGCGGCCUCUCUUCCUGCAACAACUGCAGCAGCAACCACACACGGGUAAAACACCAAGUGUGUGAGCGCCUCGAGCGCUGGGAGUCGGCUACAGGGAGUGCGGCUUUGACUGGAGGAGGGAUGGGUCUCAAACUCUGCCAUGAACCUGGAUACCAGCUAUGGAUACUGGCAGAGAGGCUCUUUGAGAAGGUUGCUGGAAUUCCUUAGGAGAACAGAUUUUUAAUCUGCAGAAAAGACAAUGUUGCUUUCAUUCCUCUGACCAAAUAGAAGAACUGGACUGAAUCCUGAAUUCUUCAUUUUUGUAUUUAUUAUGAUUAUUAUUACAGGUUUACUAGUGUUCUCUUCUGCUGGACUUUCUAAAUGAAGAGAUGGCUCCAUCAGUUGAGUUGGACUGAACGCUCAGUACUCUUGUUUUAGAGAUGCACAUUUUUGUGAAAAUUUUCCACUUUUUUUUUUUUUUUUUGUAUGUCCAGACCAAUUGAUCUCAUUAUUUAAUCUGUCCCUCUGUUUUUAUAAAAUGGGCUUUACCAUAACAAUGUAAAUAUGCACCAUGGUUUCCACCGUUAUUGGUGGAAUAGGGUUGGAAACUUUUCAAAUAUAUCUCAUCAAUUAUG